CUGUCUUGGGACCCCUGAUGUUUCUCCUCUACGUUAAUGACAUCCCUUCAUAUGUUUCUUCGAAAAUCAGACUGUUCGCUGAUGACGCCAUACUUUACAGAGAAGUAGAAGAAACAUCUGACGCUACAUCCCUGCAAAACGAUUUGGAUGCUCUGUGCAGAUGGGAGAGGGAAUGGGAAAUGAAAUUCAAUCCAGACAAAUGUUUUGUCAUGCAUAUCACCACCAAAAAGGAUCCACUCAUCAGCACGUACAAAAUCAACCAGAGACCUCUCCAAACUACUACCAAUCACCCAUAUCUUGGCCUAAUCCUGAGUUCUGACUGUAGCUGGUCGUCUCACAUCAACAAAAUUACCAACAACGCUAGGCAGACCAUUGGCAUCAUCAGAAGAAACUUCAAAUCCUGUAGCAGAAAGGUUAAAUCCCAACUUUACCAGUCUCUCGCCCGCCCCAAACUAGAGUAUGGUGCCUGCGGCUGGGCCACCUUCACUGAGGAAGAAAACAAACAACUUGAAGGUAUCCAGAGAUACGCUGCCAGGAUGUGUUGUAACAACUUCACCAGGCUUGCCAGUGUCACAGAUAUGUUGAACCAGCUUGGUUGGCCUCUACUUGAAACACGUCGCUCCAUUGCUAGACUAACCAUGAUGUACAAGAUCUCUCACAACCUCGUUGAAGUCAAACACGACCUUAGGCCCAAAACAAAAACCCUUAGGAGCUCGCACCAGUUUUCAUACCACCGACCCAACGCUAAAUCCAAGUUCUAUAGCACCAGUUUCUACCCAUCAACGAUCCCCAUUUGGAACGACCUGCCAAACACUAUCAUCACCAUACCCGACUUAAACCAGUUUAAACAAGCCUUAGUAGACCACGUCAUCGGGGAGGGAACCAAAACCCAAGUUAACUAGCUCCAGCAUAGCCGCCCCAACUCUAGCGGGAUGCGGAUUCUACCGUUUAGCUGGAGCAACGGAUACAGAUACAGAUACAGAAAUUAGUACGCCGGUGCAGCGCAUAAAAAAAGAGGGACAGCCCCUCCGCCCCGAUUCAAUGUGUACUACGAAGUGUUUUUGAUAAUUGCACCUAUAGCUAGAAACUUUAAUUCCCCUGAGACAUACCUUAACUAAGCUAUCCAGGCAUGCAAAAUACAUUUGGCAUUUUGUACACCCAGUAUGGAACACAGCGUAUGUGCAAAAGGGCGCCCUCUACCCGAUUUCUCAACCCCAAGAGGGCGCUGUCCAUUCUGCAAUGUGGGAAUUCCCCAUGUGAGCAAUAAACAGGCAUCGGGGCGUUUCUGUUUCGCGGAAUCCACACACAAAACUGUCAGUGUCAGUAUUUCGGAUUGAUGUAGACUCUCAUCGACAGCAUCAGUGAUUCUGCCUGGCAUAACGGCAAAUUACGAAAGGACCAGUAACAUGGCAUCCUCAGACACCACCGUCUCCCCAGGGCUGUUCAUGUUGCCUCUUCCCAUCAACAAGGACAUUAACAUUGACAAAGCUGUGGUGGAGACUAAAGUCAGAGAUCUGAAUCACUUCCUUCGAGUACGAACUGGCCGGUCGGAGGAGUUUGCUAUCCUGAACCUGCAGGGUCUCCUGACCCUCCGACUUCACCGCUAUGAGGAGGCCCUUGGCUACUUCCACGCAGUCCUGGAGAAAGACCCGGAGAACCUGAACGCCCUAGCUGACCUCCAGUAUGUCUUGGAGAAGCUCUUCAGACUGGCCGAGGCAGAACACUGCAAAGAUGAGCUGAGUCGCCUUCUCCGAUCUCAAGAUCAAAGUGAGUUGAUUGAAUCUCAGAAAUUGAACAAAGCCCGGUGCCUGGCCGAACAGGCUUAUGCGUAUGCCUAUGACAUCCAUAGCGACACUCUCGAAGGAAAGAGAUUCAUGGAUUCUAAUGGUUUGUACCGGAAGGCACUGGACCUUGGCGGUACAGCUGUUAAGACUGCUGAGAAAGACGACUGGAAAUUAUGUAUGGCCACCAACGCGCAUAAGCUGUUUGACAGUCUCUAUUAUGAGAACAAGCAUGCUGCAAAAGACUACAUUGACAUUGCUGUAAAUUUGUUCUAUGAAAUCACCCAACGGAUUCCCGGUGAUCCCGAGUUUCAGUGGGAUAGCUGGCGACACUUGGCUGACAUUUUCAGGUCGUUUAAAAUCAGGAAGAUUUCUAAAGAAGUGCGUAAGGAGCUGAUGGAGUACAAGAAAGAUCCUGAGAAGUGCAUGCUGAAAGCCAUGGAAGUCACCCCCAACAAUGCAAGGCUCCUAGCUCGCUAUGCCAACUUCCUGUAUUCCCUCAACAAGGAAUACCAGAAGCCCCUGGAACUGUUGGAGCAGUCCAUAAGUCUGGAUAGCACUGAGUUCAAUUUCUACGCGUUCACCACCAGAGCAAUGAUCAACCUCAAAUACUACAAUUAUCACGUGAAGCAGGCAGGGCAAGACGCCUCGAAGAUGGGUCUUCUUAGGAAUGCUCUCCAGCUUGCCAAAAGUGACUUGGAGAAAGCCAUGGCCAUGCAUGUCACCCCGUGGGAUUUGGCCCGCCUGGGAGAGGUCUAUUACCUCCUUGCAAAGAACCACACAGAGCAAGACAGUGAGAUCAGGUCCCUGAUUGAGAAAGCCCUUCUGCACUUCACCAAAGCAGGAGAUUGUCAAGAUGGCCAUAAGAUGAUUGCGGUACAUCUCAGUCGAGGACGCUGCCUGUUUGAGAUCGGAGAGAAGCGCUCAGCGAUAGGAUGCUUCAAGCAAGCAACAGACUGUGAACCCCCAACAAGCACUUACACUGGCAAUUUCAAUGAACUCUUGAGUGUUUACCUGACCAUUCUUCGUGAAGAGAAAUCUUCGGAGGACAGGUCCAUCUUUGCUGAAACUGCCUACUCCCUGAGGAGCGCGGUACUUAAAUACGGCGAGAAAAACAUACGUUCAUUUUGUAUUGGUAAGUUUAGAUCAGAAUAUGCAGACGAAUUGCAACAGCUGGCUGCUUACUGUGAUAAGUUUAAGGAACUCAAGCAACUGGCAUCCUUACUUAAGUUUGAGGAACCAGUGUCACCUGCAAAAGCAACUAUUGACACCGGAGGAAAACUGCAGGGGCCUUGGACUAAAACUUACUUUCAUAGAGCAAGUGACGUGACACAAGGAGUUGCACAAGGUCAUGGUACUGCUGCUGCUAGACCUGUAGUUGACGAACACGAUGACUCGGCUAAGAGAGUUGUUGCAGGACAGAUGAAAGAAGAAACAGAGGUCGCCGCAGGUAUCAUUCCUGAUGAAACUUUGGCUGGUGCCUCUGCUUCCAUUGAUGCACCUGAGAAUAAAUCCGAAAAUGCUGAGGCUGACCACGAGAUGACAUCUCUGGCUGAAGACGUGGCAAAAAUAGCCAUCAUGAGGCCUUCUGGGGAGUUGAAGGAGCAGCCCAUUAGGAAAGCACCUGAGAAAGCAAGGGUCUCCAGCUUUGAGUAUGACUUUUUCGUUGUCUAUCCCAAGAACCAGAGAGAUUGGGUGUCAUACGACCUGCUGGUGGAAUUGGAAGAAAUCCGGAAGUUGAAAGGGUGUACUCGUCACAGGGACGUUAUUGCUGGAAAAUUCAGGAUCAGGAGUGAGAUUGAACUGAUGAAAUCCAGUGCCAGCAUUUUAUUGAUAUAUAAUGAAGACUUCAAUCACGAGUGCGAUUAUUCCAUGCAUCAAGCUCUCCAGUUAAGAAAGAGCAAGGACUUCAGUCGGGUCAUUAUUCCCAUCUUACGAGAUGCUUCAGAGAUACCGGAUGAGAUUAGUGUCUUCCAUGAUUUUGAUGCCACUGGUGCAGUUGACUGGAAUAAGUUGGCACUUUGCAUCGAACAGCAGAUAGCUCGCUAAGCUUAGAUGAUGUCCAAAAAACCGCAUUUUCCCCCAACUUUCACUCGGGAGGUAACACACUGAGUAUACAGUGUUUAUACGUCGGUGAAGGGCAAAACCUAAUUUGAUUAAUAAAGUAAAGUAAAAUCUGUCACGAGCUAGAAAAUUAUGGCCCAUCAGGACGGUGUUUAUCUCCUGUUUCCUUUGUAUGACGAAACGACUGAGAUUGUGUCUAUUCUCCCUGGCCUGGAUGGGAUGCCGGUCCAUCGCAGGUACAUAACAACAGUGUACCUGGACAUUGUUUGAGUAAGGACGGGGAGGUACUGAAUUCGCAUAUUUCCAGCUAGCUUGUUUGGCCAAUAUUUAUCAUGGAACAAUUACGAAUCAAGAAGCAAGACUAAUCCGGACUUGUAAAGCUGGUCCCAGGCCAAAUUGGUCUAAGGCGUUGUGGGUGUCAUCUGAGUCAAUUAAUUUCGCCCAAAGUCAAGUCAGUCAGUGAGAAAGUCAAUUCAAUUCAAUAUAAUAUUUUGUUUUAUCACAAUUAAAAACUUAAGUAGUGAAAUUCAUGAUCUUCUCAAUGUGCACAUAAAAACAGUAUACAUGUAUUUAAACACUUAUGAAUUUACAUUAGGCGAAAAGUUACGGGGGGAAAAGAGAAGUAUAAAACAGUAUGAAUCCCCUACUUUGGAAAAAUCAUUCAAAAUGAAAAAAGAAAGUAAAUAUCUAUGUAAAAAAGCUGCUAUUGUAAACACAAACUCAAAUCUGCAUGCGUACCGAUGUGCUAAGUUAUAAAUUUAAAAAGAUAUCUGACUUAUUGAAACAUUGCAAACAAUAUUUAUCUGAUAAAAGUAGAAUUGUAAAUAUGAAUGGCACUAGGUAAAAUUAAUAUCUGAACCAAUUUGUGUGAGUGGGGAGAGCACCAAAUCUUCCUGAUCGGAGUAUGUGUAAAGAUGAAUGGAGAGAAUGAGUUGGGUCCCGAGUUAAAAUCUGCAGUUAAGUGAGAUAGUUUGUUCAACAAUUUCGUUUACCUGUUUUUCCUCCGGACCACUUUAAUAUUUUUAGUGCAGCUUUGGUAGAAUAGAUGCAAAAUUUAAUCAUGGACAUUAAAAGAACUUAACUUCCUGAAAAAAAAUGAA